UAGAGGAAGUCAGAUAUAAGGAGUGGAAUGGCUCAAAGCCUCAAAGAAUCUUCAAUCUAUUCAAAUUAUUGAAAAUACAGGUUAGGUUUACUAUGAUUUCUGAGUUGAAUUUAAGAAAAAGCUGAAAUUUUGUACAAGAAUCUUCAUUCUGUUCAAAUUAUUGAAAAUUACAAGCUACUUUGCUAUGAUUUCUGAGUUGAAUCUAAGAAAAAGCUGAAAUUUUGGACAAGAUUCUCUGAUUCUCCUCUGAUUUUCUCUAUUAUUAGUUCUGAAAAGGGUUUUUUGGGGGAAAAAGGCUGUCACGGUAAAAACGCCCGUGACGCCGUUACGGUGCGGCCGAAACGCCGUUACGUCGCGGCCGUAAUCUGUGAUUCGGAGUAGCAACGAGAAUUCGUUCCGUAACGGUAACGCUCUUCGCCGUUACCGCAACAUAUCAGACGUUUUUUAAAUAACGUUCCGUUAUUUAGAACCUUGGCCACCAUUGUUGACCACCUUGGUUGGGAAUGACAUUUUCCAACAAUCUCCCCCUCCAUACCAACCAAGAGAGUGACAUAUUGACUAUGCUUCUACACAGCCCUGAGCUUCUUCACGAGGGACUGUCUUCACGUUUUCAUCUGGAUUCUCCUUCUCUGAUGAACCUUAUCUCUUGAAGAAAACCUGCUUCAACCACAACAUCUCUUUUCCAGCUUCUGCAUCAGCCGAUGCUUAGCUUCAGUUAAUGGUAAGCUUGCAAUCUUGACUACAAGACAAAGCUCCCCUUGAUUUUGACAUUCCACCAUCAGGUUCUCUAGCUAUAUCUAAGUCUGCACAAUCUUCCAAGACUAGAUCAUCUCUCCAAAGCUCGUCUUUGGUGUACCCUCCUGGUACAUGAGAAUCGAUGCCACUGCUUCGUAAUGCUGAACAAUAAGGGACUACUCCAUACAUUCUAGUAGGAGACUUACCCACACCUUUACUUGUACCGCCGUCGCACAUCAACGGGUCACGCCGCUUGGCUAUCACACUGCCAAGAAGUCUUUCGACACAAGGAGCCGUUACACCAUGGUCGCACUAACCAUCAGCUCUCUUCAGCUUGUAUGCAGUUCACCAGGUAAGUUUCCAGGAAAGAGAGGUGAGUCACAACGGACUACUUAAAUACCAAGUCUUUCCUAGCCAGAACCUUUUCCUGAGACUUUAGAACCCUCUGAUUGCUCAUUUUCCUCCUUGAGGUAUCAUUGUGAAGAACGCCAUCUUCACCAUCAUGUGUUCAAGUUCCCCCAUAUCUCUUCAGGCUGACUCCGGAUACCUCUACACGGAAUCACCAAGCAAAUUCUGCUGAGACUUUUCAACUACAAGAAGAUCACCAUCAUCACCAUCUAAGAUGAGGUGGAGAGAGGUGAAAGAUGAGAGAGAUAGGAAGAAGAAAAAAAAGUAAGAGAGAGAAAGUAUGAGAUGUGAUAAAUGAUAAGAAGAGAGAUAUAGAAAUAAAAAUAAGUGAAAAUGAAGUGUUUUGUAAAUAAUGUGUGUAUAUAUCAUUGUUGUUGCAACAUGAAUCAACUCUAAAGUCUAAACCCUCUUUUUCUACCGGUCCUAACAUGUUGCAACACUACCGCUUCAAACCACCCUUCCCAACUCUAUCCCUCACCAACAUUAACACCAGUGUCUCAGGCUCUCAACUCAUCCCUCCUUCCUCCCUCUACAACACCUCUGCCCCUGUGGGGGAGGGGAGCGAGGUGGAAGGAAAGGAGAAGGGGAGAGAGGGGAGGGAGGUGGGUGAUAGUGUAAAAAAGUCUAAAAUUGAACAUUUUUUUCAUGUUCAUAUUAGAUAAAUUCUAAAUUUUAACUUCACAAAAUAAAGAGAAAUUUUCAUAUUUUUAGAGAUUAACAUGGAAUGUUUAAUAUAUUUUUUAAAAAACUAAAUUGAAUUAUUAUAAAUUACUCUCAAGAACUUUUCUGAUGAAUUUUAUUUAAUAAUUCACCAGUACUAAAUUGACCAAUCAGUAGCAUUGAAGAAAUCAAAAUCACUUAUUACUCAAUUGUUCAGAUACUAUGAGAAAGAUUGUGUGUGAAGAAAAAGGAAAGCUACUAUAGUAUGACAUGCGAUCACCAUUCCCAAGUCACCAAGAAUGAAUUCCAUUAAUGAAAAAGAGAAAUUACUCUGCUUUACCACAGGAGAGUGGAUACCUAGGGAUAUGAUAUCUCUGCACAUUGAAGGUAAAGAUAAAAAAAGGAAAGACAAGCAAAACAAGGCAAGAUAUAAUGAUAAAAAUGAAUUAAGAUAUCACAAAAGCACAUGCAUACAGACACAGGGGGGCUAAGGGCAUAGGCUUAUGUAAGCUACAUAUAAUGUAGGCUAUAUGGCGUAUUGGAUUCUUGUUCUGCAUCUGCUGCUAUAUCUUUUACUUGGGUGAGUUUCUAAGAUCUAAGGCACCUGCAAAUUUCAGAUAUUCAUUCAUUCAUUCAAUUCAAAACGCGGCUAAUUUAAAUGCUGUGUGUUAUGCAAAUGCACGUGCACGUACUGUCCCUUUGUGAUUGAUUCAAAACAGUUUAGUACCAGCUCCGUUCAGCUACACUCACGCUGCUACCAUCUAGAGUCUCUACUUGUUUACCUAUACUAUAUAUCAUGCGAGGGUUCAAAUUGAAUAGCGUGCAUUCGUGUGCAAUUAUUUGAGCUGAGAUCAUAAUUAAGAUUUUAAUUAGUUAACUCAAUGUUAAUAUAGCCCACAUUCAGUAGAUAUAUAGCCAAGACAUUCUUUACAUGGUAGAAUAAUCAUCAUAAGCUACUUUUUGAAUCACUCAUAAGCUAGUUUUUGAAUAGAGUUGUAAUUUAAAUUCUGAAAUGGUAUUAGAUAGAGUUUACCCAACAUUCGCUUAUCAAAGACUUACUCAUUUAUGAGUCACCCACAUAUGUUUAUUCCUGGUAUUUUCAUGCUUUAAAUGACAAACCAUGAACAUGUGAGAGACUGUGUUAAGGUUCUCAAUUAACUAGAGAAAUGAUAAAGAUUAUCCUUGUAUGGAUGAAGCAAUCCUCACCGCCAGGGGUGGAGCUACAGUGGGGGUUUCUCCCUGCUGUAACCACCCUAAAUUUUUUACAUUUUAUUAACAAAAAAAAAAUUAAAGUUCAUAUCUCAUAUUUUCUCAAGUGAAUAGCACCCAUAACUCACACUCUUUCUUUUUAUGUGUGGAACCUUGGUGUGGAAGUGAUAUUUUAUGUGUAUUAUCUUCGAUUGUUAUGAAUUUACGGUGUGCUACUUUUCUACUUCGUAAUUUUGAGAGGGCACAAGUUUUUUUUGAUAAGCAAGAGAAGGCACAAGUAGCUGUAGUUUUUUUUUGUUGAUUCUGAAUUUUUUUCUCUCAGCAAAAUGCCUAUUAGUAUCUCUCUUGUACUCAAACUAAUUUUAUAUUUAUUAUGUUUAUAUAUUAUUAGUUAUUUAUAAUUUUUCCACAUUCUUUAUGUGAUAAAAAAUAAAAUUUUCUUAUAGAUCAUAUUACUUUAGAUCUUAGCACCCUCUAUAAAAAAACCUGUCUCCACCCCUGCUCACCGCUGCGCUAACUUGAGGUAGAGUUAGAGCUAAAUCAAAUUCUAAGAAUAAAAACUGUGUUCUUCCUGAAAAAUUGGCCUAAACCGACCUCUUUGUCUCUCUGGUGGAGCACGACCAAGAGUGUGGUGGUGAGAAUGCGAUGAUGCUGACUGCAGGGGUUGGGGGUAUCUGCAGAAGACACUUUGAUGCUCAAGUCAGUGUAUGAGUAAUGAAAGAAUACAAGAGCUCUAGAAGAAUUAAAGGUAAAAUGCUAAGAAUGAAUAACAAAUCAGGUAAAUGAACGAUUGAACGUGUAUUUAUAAAGUUGGAACCCGUGCUCCAUACAUGAAAGUGUACGAAAAUCCUUAAAUGGAAGCUCUCCAGCAUAUGAUUAGGUUCGCAAGAUCACAUUUCGUUGCAUCUAGACUAGUGCGUGACCGUUUGGACACUCGGACACUCACUAGGGACAACGUUCCUUUAUUAAGUCAUGCUAUCCACCCUUAUCUUGAUUGCAAGCUCUUUUAGUCAGUUAGGAACGAUGCCUUAGACUUAUAGCUAACCUUAACACACUGCUUGCAAAACCUUUAACAGAAACUAUAAGCAGAUAUACACUUUUAUCGAACACACUUCUGAGAUACAUUAAUAUACACUUAUCAUUACUCAACAAUCAAACUUACUUUUGUAACAAUAACAUGCUAAUUCAAUGGAAUUAGAUUCUUAGUAACAAAAAUUAAAUCUCACCUUUGAAAUAUGUAUAAAUAAUCGGUUAAACUCUGCAAACCAGCAGCUUUGCAUUUAAUGCAAACAUUACUUAAACCCGCAAACUAUCUUGUUUCUUAACAGCACCACUUGCACUAGGACUAGGUAGUACAAUACUCUUGUUUUUAACUGCUAGUCCAUAUAUAUCCAUAUGAACUCUUGUUUCGAGAAAUUAAAUUUUUAGGUGAUACAUAGGUUGGUUCUGUAUAUCUGCACACUGCAUUCUGCAGUGUAGGCCCCACGUUCAUUCAGGUUUAUACGUAUACCUGUUCUGUUCUGUUCAUCCCUCUUGUGUUAAUUCCCACUCUUAUCUCCUCGUUUUCAGCUUUAUAUAUCAGUUCACAUCCAUCUCACUACCUACAACACCUUAAUUUGCCAUAUAUUCAUUCCAGUUCAUCAACUUUUUCCUCUUCAUCUCCCUAAUCAUGUUAGCCAUGGAAGAUGUUCUGUGUGAACUCAGUGAUCAUGAAAAGAGAAACGAGCAAGGCUUGCCACCAGGCUUCAGGUUUCAUCCAACUGAUGAAGAACUCAUCACCUUCUAUUUGGCCUCAAAGGUGUUUAAUGGCACCUUCACUACUACUAAUGUCAAGUUUGCUGAAGUUGAUCUCAAUCGAUGUGAGCCAUGGGAACUUCCAGAUGUGGCAAAGAUGGGGGAGAGAGAGUGGUAUCUGUUCAGUUUGAGGGACAAAAAAUACCCAACUGGACUCAGAACAAACAGAGCAACUGGAGCAGGGUACUGGAAAGCCACUGGGAAAGACAAAGAAGUUUACAGUGCUAGUUCCAAUGGAGAAAAGCUCUUACUUGGCAUGAAGAAAACCCUUGUUUUCUACAAAGGCAGGGCCCCUCGUGGAGAGAAGACCAGAUGGGUCAUGCAUGAGUACCGUUUGGAUGGUCACUUCUCCAUUUCCCACCAUCACACAACUCUCAUCUCUAAGGAGGAGUGGGUGAUAUGCAGAAUAUUUCACAAAUCUGGGGAAAAGAAAGUCCAAGGACAUUUGAAUGCUGAUUCUCCAUCCCCCACGAAAAACACUACUACUCUACCACCUCCAUUAUCACUUGCAAAAACCCCAACUAAUUCCUUAACAUUGUGUCAAUCCAAAACCUCAUCACAUCACCACAGCUUCCAAAAUGAUUCUGAUCAUCUUUUCCCAUUCCAACCUGCUUGUUUUCCCUACACCAGAGAUCACCAUCCAUCUUCUGAAGUAUUCUUCAAGACUCAGCUAUCUCAACAGGUCAAGGAGCAAUUCACAACUCCAAAACGAACCAAAAUGGAGACUACAACAGUACUCCAUGAUCAACAGCAAUUAUUAGAAGAUGCUAAUUAUAAUUAUAACUUGCGCUGGAUGGACAAUAAGUUGAACUCAAAUCCAAGUAAUUUCCAGAACUUAUUCCCUCUUGAGAUCAUGGAUGCUACUGGCAUGAUGCUAGAUGUUCCUAUCGGAAUGGAUUCUUGGUCUCAGGCCCAGCAUGUCUAAAAAUGUAUAUAUGUUUAUGAACUGUUUCAUAUAACAACGCUUAGUAGCUACUAAUCUCUGUGUUGUAGCAGAAAUAACUUGUGUAUGCCUAUGUAUCAAGCUUAAUUUCCGUGGAACAAAGAAAUUGAUGAGCAAGUUCAUUUUGUGACUGAUUUCCCAAGAUCGAGAGUCAUUACAUGUUACUGAUUUCCAAGGAUAGUUGUACACAUUGUAUAAUUCUAUGAGAUGGAAUGUUUUGGAAUGUGAGCUAAAAUAAUACUACUAGAAACAUAUACUAAUAACUAAAAGGGUUAAAUGUGUUCACCGUCCCUGAACUUUGAGCGAGAUCUGGUUUCCGUCCCUCGCCGGAAAAUCUUCCUAGCCCCAUCCUUAAACUUAAUUAUUUGUACGGAAACCAUCAUUGCCGCCGGUAUAGCUCCGGCAGCCGUGCACGUGGCCAUGCCACGUCAUUUAAUGAAACGACGUGGAAUUUAAAUAAAAAAAUUAAAAUUUUUUCUUUUUAAAAUUUUAAU